CUGCAUAUGGAACACAUGGGUGAGGUGUGGAGGCCAAAACUUUUUGCCUCUGGGUCCCUUGUGGUACCAAUCCUACUAUUACAGAACCUGGAGAUCAAUUUUCAGCCCCCAUAAUGCCAUGCAUGAAAAAUGGCUAAACUACUCUUUCCCGUGGAUAUGGGUAAAGAAAGAUGUUGUGCACUAUCAAGGAGAUUAUCCAGAGGGCACCGCUAGACACCGACAUGGGCUCAAGGGCCCUUACCAAUCAGACAUGUAUGUCCAGAAAUUGCCCACAGUCGAGGAGUUAAGGUCAGUGCCAAAGGGAGACUUCGACAAAAUCGACAAAUGUGUCGCCAGAAGAAUUUUCUUCAGCCUCAAUGAAUCUGAAUGAGAAGGACAUGGAGCCUCCCCUAGAUGCAAGCUGUGGCAAGUUGAUAUCUCGUUUGUGUCAAC